AUGGUAUCGACGAAGUCAAUGAAGGCGGCAGAGAAGGCAGCUCAGGCAGCCGAGAAAGGCACCGAUGCGGGUGACGUAGGGCUCGACGGGGAGUUAGAGGAUCUCACGGAGAUCGAAGGGCUGAGGAAGGUCAUGGAGACGCAAGCAGAGAGGCAGGCGAGGGUCGAGGAAGAGCUGAACAGUUUGCAGGUGCAAGCCAGAGAUCAUGGUCGCACUCUCGACGCGUUGUUGGCGGCUGUGGAGGCGUUGCAGGGGCAGGUGAGCAGUCUGACGGAGGCUUGGAAGAGAGGCGGGGCAGCGGCUGGCGACGGCGGGAAGCCGCCGGAGGAGAGAGGCGCGGCGGAGGAGUCCGCCUCGGUGGCGGCGGUCGGCGGCCAGGGAGCCGAGAAGGGUUCGGCGGAAGGGGGGGCAGCGGCAAGCAACCCUAGCCGACCCCCUGUUUCGCGUCCGGGCCAAGUCUCGUUCGGCCCAACAAUCAAGGAUGGGCUUCUGCCUACUCCAUCGGCCCAGGAGAUGGCUCGUGCGCGUGGCAAGGCAAAGAUGGCCGAGUAUGUGGAUCCGGGCCCACACGCGGGCCUGAACUUGGAGGAGCUGGUGGAUCCGGAGCAGGAGAGGGAUCGCGGGCCUUGGCCCAACGAGCAGAGUGGGCUGGGCGCGGAUGGCUGGAAAGAGGAGCGCAGCCUGAUGGGCCGAGCCCGGUGGGAAGGCGGACCGGGAGGAGGCUGGAGAGAGUCGGGCCGGCCGGGGGCAGCGGGCUGA